AUGUAUCUCAUGUACUCCGUUGACAGCAACGGCAAACGAGUCUAUACGCUCAAGAAGGCCGUCGAUGCCAAAGCCACCUUCUCAGCACAUCCCGCUAGAUUUUCUCCGGACGACAAGUUCUCAAGGCACCGAUAUACCCUCAAACGGCGCUAUGGGCUCUUGCUGACCCAGAAGAGUGAG